GCUGUUUGCCGUUCGUUCAUAAAGUCGUUUACUGGCUCUCAGCUGCAUUGCCGCGUGUUGAAAACUCUACUUUCGCACGAAUAAACUACUUUUUUGGAGUCAAUUGUGACAUAUAAUAUAUUUAAAUUACGCUGUUUUACUCUAAAACCUUGUUCUCAUAACGAAUGCACGUAUAGUUUAAGACGUUCAGUGAAAUUUGUAAAAAUAAAUCUUGUUGAGUUAUUAUAAGCGGUUUCAAGUUGAACUGUAGUAUUUGGCUCCAACACAUAAUAAAUAAGAACUAUGCAACAUUGUGGAUUUUGUUCAAUGGUAUCCGAUUUCCUAUGUCGAACUUUAUGUGUUGGAAGCAGACGAGGUAGUAGUGACACCUACUACCGCGAGCUUGGGGACCAAGACACAUUGAGAAUCGAUGAUAACAAGUCCUCUACCUCGUCCUCCUUUUCUAACGAUGUUGAAGAAAUAAUUUUCGUUACAGUUCACGAGAGCCAGCCGCAAGCGCGGCGCCGUUCAGAUGAAGACGCAAUCGCUAAUAUGAAUGAGAAAGCCGCCGUCACAGGCCGCUUUCUCACCCUCAAGACUCGCCGUAGGCGACCUCUGUUGCCCAAAGUACAACAUGACGAGCUGCUACUUGACACCCUGCAGCUACGCCAACAGCAGUGCAUCCUCAAUCAGUCUGCGCUGUGGAAUUUCAAUGCAUUUGCAUUGGAAAACGUCUCCGGGGGGCGUUGCCUCCCGGAGCUGUGCUACCACUUGUUCCACGAGUACGGGCUGAUAUCUCACUACCGACUGGACGCGGCCAUGCUGUGGAGGCUCUUCAGCCUUAUAGAGGAGGGCUACCGCAGCAGCAAUCCCUACCACAACGCGGUGCACGCUGCCGACGUUACGCAAGCGAUGCACUGCUUCCUGCAGCAGAAACAGAUUCUGCCGUUCAUGGAGCCGCAGGAGCUACUGGCUUGCCUCCUAGCGGCAAUGGCACACGACUUGGACCAUCCGGGCGUGAAUCAAACCUUCCUCAUCGCCACCUCCGACUAUAUAGCCAACCUGUACGACAACAAGUCGGUGCUAGAAAACCACCACUGGCGGUGUGCGACGAGCUGCCUCAUUGAGAGCGGCGUCAUGGAGAGCCUGAGCCACAUCUGGUCCAGUCUGCAGGACCAGAUCUCAGCCCUCAUCCUCGCCACUGAUAUCACGCGGCAGCAGGAAUACCUCAACGUGUUCAAGGGUCAUAUUGACAACAACACCUUAGAUUUGAGGAAACGCGAACACCGAUUUUUGGUGAUGCAGAUCGCCCUCAAAUGUGCGGAUAUAUCGAACCCAUGCCGGCCCUGGGAAAUCAGCAGGAAUUGGAGCUUCAAGGUUUGCGAGGAAUUCUUCAAACAAGGCGAAUAUGAGCGCAAACUCAAGAUACCUGUCUCCGCAUUGUGUGACAGGAAUACUAUAUCUAUACCGAAUAUUCAAAUUGGAUUUGGCAAGUUCAUAGUGACGCCGCUGAUAAUGGAGUGGCACCGGUUCCUCCAAAACGAUCUCUCCACGCAAAUGUUAGACAACUUGCUCUCCAAUCUAAACAAAUGGGAGCAGCUGAUGGUGAUCGAGGGUCCAGAGAAGAAGCGCACAGAAGCGCCUGAUACUGACACGGCGAAGAACGAUAUCGAGGUCGGCUCCGAAUUGUCCGACAGUUCUGAAUUGUUGCUGCCCGGGCGCAGGAGUUCUUUGAAUCCAAUCAAGCCUAAAAGCAUUAAAGAACAAUUGAGGCGCUUCUCCGUACCGCUGAAUAUCUUACAAGAGAAAAAAAUUAAGCGCCGCGUAAAGAGCCGCGCAUCAGUCAGCAGCUCGGAGACGCGCCGGGGCGCUAGCCGGCUCGACAUCCAAUUUUCGGUACGGUCACAGCAGAGUUCACCCGAGCGCGGCCAGGCAGCUGUAUUUUCUACUGAGAAAUAUUUGAGCACUGAAAAUUUAUUGCAAGUAGAUGACACCGACGAUGAAGGCAAUCGACAAACUUUCUCAAACGUGGAGACCACAUUUCUGGAGUGCUUGCUACCCCCGCGGUACUUGCACAAAAGCACUGAAGAUAUAAGAUCUUCGCCUCAGACUACCAAAACAGAUUUCUUGCAACGCUUAGAAAAUUUAAAAGCGACCAAGUUCAGGUGGUUCAAAAAAUCUGAAGCCGACAAGAACGGUCGGAAUGAGGCGUCAACGAGCGGGACCGCAACACAGGAAGGUGGGCGGCGAGAGGCACGAGGCGACGCCGCCUCGACUAUGGGCAGCCGACUGCGCGACAACCUGUCGGCCGUUACGCUCGAUGGCUUGCAUUUGCAACAGCUUACUCCUCGAAGGAAGUCAAUGCCUGCUGACGUCACAUCGGCGACCGCUGGAGCUCCGAAGGAGAAAAAAGUGCUCGAUUUGGCAGUAAUUCCUCCACUGCUCAAACACGCAGCAUCUGGGAAGGAGGAGUGCCGACGUCGCCGGGGCUCUGCGCCGGCGCCCGUGGCUGUGUCGGAGCUGCGCGGCCUUGCACAGAGCGCACAGGGAGCCCAGGUGGCCCGCUCCGGCGCUCCUACUGGCACCCGCAAGAAGGCCAGCGCUGUAGCCACUUGCCAGCAGUGGCUCGCCAGGGCGUCAAACGCCCAAGAGAAAUCACUCUCUAACAUACCACGACGCAGCUCUCUCCCCAUCGAGGUGAUGACAGGUACAGCAUACCAGUGAGAAGAUGAAGACAUCUCACAGUAAAUAAAUUGCUCAAUAUACAAAAAUGGAAAAUAUACAAUUUCUAAAGUAUAUGAGCAAAAUGUUACUUAAUCGACGAAAUCGCUCAAAAAAUUAUUCACAAUUUCUAACAGUAAAUGUAUACACUACGCAAACGCUGACUUGCUCCAAAUCGGACAGAAAAACUUAAACUGUCGAUAUGAGCCGAAGUAUUCUCUUGCGAAAUUGUUUCGUGUUUGAAACGUACAAUUAUAGUGAAAAUGUACUUUUAUAAAAUGAUAGUAAACAAAACUUCAAACAAAGUGCAGUGAAAAAUAAACUUAAUUGAUGGAUUAUGGAUAUAUAAUUGGAUAUGGAUAUGUAUUUAUUGCGUUUACAAACAAAUUGUGCAGUGAAUUAUAACAAAACUGUGAAACAAAAAGUGAAUGAUGUCAGAACGUUUCCGAAGUUUAUGUCUAAAAACUUUAAAGAAAGUUGUGUAAAAUUUACAAGAAGUAGGACGUUUUACGCCUGUUUUCAGUGAAAAAUUUGUGAUUCCAGUGUAAAACAUGUUUCAAAGUUGUUCAAUGGGAUUAUCGUGAACUAUUCGCAUAGAGAAAAGUUGUCAGACGUUAUUCUGUGGUGUUGCAUAUAGUUACCGUCUCAUUAUCUAUUUAUGGUUAAAAAAAACAUUAUUGUAUAUUAAUAGUACUACAUACUAUCCCAAAUCAUAG